AUUACUCUCAAGGUUCCUGCUACAUUCGAAAAUUUGCUAAGUCGUCUUAUGUCUUAUGUCUGAAGGGUCGUCUAUCUUGUCCUCUGGACCUAAAAGACAAUACGGGACUCUAGAAUCUACGAAUGCUCCACAAAAUCCUCAUAUAAUCUAUAAUAUCAAACCUGGAGAUACUCUUGUGUCAAUCGCAGUACAAUUUGGAACAACAGUACAAAGAUUGCGAUGGAUUAAUCGUUUGUGGGGAUCAGACAUCUCUAACAUGGCUACAUUAAAAGUCCCUGUCAAGUGUGAGCCUAGGCGGUUUGUACACCACAAUUCAAUUGAGUUGUCUACAGUCAAAAAGAAAUCUGAGCCUGGUGAUGAAGACGCUCCACAAAUAGCUUCUGCUAGCAUUUAUUUUAAAGAAUUGUCAGAAAGGGUUGAAAAGGCUAAGGAAGCAGCCUCCCGUUGCUUAGAAAAGAGCAGGUACAGUUAAAGGAUUUACUUUUAACUUGUGCUUUAUCAGCACUUAUUAUACAUUUAUACGAGGUACAAUGCCUGUCUUACUAUUUACUUAAGUAUCUUCUCACCUACAUACCACCCUUGAACCUUUUUAGGAGGUAGGGGAGUGUUAAAUCUUUAACAUGCCUUCAGUUCUUCGUCAAUAAAUAUCUAUUUGAAGUAGCUCCUACUAAAUUCCCAAAUUUCUACUAGCAGUUCAUUCCAUAUUAACUUUUGUUUAAUCAUAUAUUCGAAACAAAAUGUCAUUACCUUGCAUGUUAUUUAAUUCUAGUUUUCAGAUCGUACUGCACAUAUUUACAUGGGCAUUCACAUACAUUGAACAAAACCUUCGACUCUACUCACAGAUUCAGGAUUAGUUGCUUUUGAAUUGAAAAACCAAAUAGUACCAUUAACAUUUUAGCUAUUUUUGUCGAGAUUUAUGCUCAGAGUGGGUGAUUCUCCAAGAUUCAUAGAGUAUAUUAUGCAUCUGUUGGCUAAAACUAAACAAGUUAUUGCUUUUUUAAAUCUUGAUUAUAGACUACCUGAAAUCAUAGCUGACUGUGAUCCCAGUAAACGCGAUUGUUUUCCCGUUCCCAGUUUGUCGGUAUCUGAUGAAACAGUGGUCAUGGUAACAGCACCUUCAACUUCCAAACUUAACUCGAUUACUGAUUCUCGAAAAAGAUUUUGUUCAAUUCCUACAAACAGCAUUCACGAUCCAUGCUGAUUCGUAUGUUAGAGUAGAUGAUCUCGUGUAAAAGUCCAUUACAUUUUUUAUAAUAGUGCAAUAACCAUGUUACUUUUGUCCGUCUGGACUGUGAUAGUUCGUUCUUUAUGUCCUUUUUGGUUCGUUUACUUACAAUUUAUUUCGUAUUGUAUAUUUGUAGGGUCUUGAUUUUUAGUAUUCAUUUUAAUCUAUUUUUAAUCUUAAGAUAUUAAAGAUUCUCCUAGUGUAAAUCACACAUGGUGUUAUAACUUAAUUUCUAUCCCGUAUUUCAUUUCUCUUUAGUCUACAUCCAACAACCUUUUUGAACGACCAUUACCACAAACAUCGUUUUACCAAAGAUAUCAAAAAGUAUUCUGUAUUUGCUAAUCAAAUAUAUAUAAAUGCGCAUCUCUGUUUUUCAACUUAUUUAUCGAAAAGUUCUGGAUGCAAAUUAAAUUUAAGUUAUAUAUACAUAUAUAUAUUUACUCAGUUAUCUUUUAUAAAAUAUUCGUUCAAUAUUCUUUUUUAUUUGAGCGGUAUCUCUGGUUAAGAUGUUUAAGUUUCAGCCAUCAGUUCGCAGAUUUAAACCCUCAUGCACUUGUUUUAGUUUGGGCAACUGGAUAGCAUCAGUAGUCUUCACACUUAGAGUAUUAUUAAGAGCCAAGUUCGAUCAUCUGUGCUUGGUAUUGGAUUGUAAAAAUAAAAACUAAGUCGUUAAAGUACGAAAGCCUACCAUUUUACUUGACUCUUGCCAAGUAAAGUAGUUUUAUUUCCCUAACUACAAGAUUUUUGAUUCUUUUUUAUCCCAUUCCUACUCAGUAAACUACACUUGUCCUUUUCAAAUUUGAUUUGCAAAGAUGGCCAAUUAAACUGAUUUACUGUCUCAGAUAGUUCUUUGAUAAAAUUAGUGUUUGUCCGCAUCUAGUUAAUUUAGUUAAGAAUGUUAUGGAAGUGUGUAACUGUUCAAUAUCGAAGUACAAGAAACGCGUUGUCGUAAUAGAUUUACGUUCAACUAGUUACUAAAAUAUCAGAAGAACAAAAAUUAAGAAAUAUGACCAACAAGGUAGACAGUCUAUCUGAACAGUUGGCAACUUAUGGGAUUGAGAAUUAUGAUGAAAUUUACUGUCAGUUAAAUGGGUGUUUGUGUAAAUCGGUUUCAUUAUACACGUGAUAUAACAUUAAAUUAACAUUUGUUUCAUCAAACGUCCUUUUGUGUGAGAUUUAAGAUGCUACAAUUAGGAAGACUGUAUUUUUACAUGGUGAUGGAAAUCUCAGUUUUCUACCGAGGGUUUUCGUGGGAGUAAAUUAGAGAGUAUGGUGUCCAGAGUAGUCUUUAUGUUGAAUAAAGUUUUCGUCUUUUUGUUGACUUUCACUGUUGAUAGCGUCAUAUUCCAUAUUUAGAUAGACAGUAGCUUUUUGGAAACAUGAAAUUCCCGGCUUUUAGUAAUUUUCUGUUUAAAAGUUUCACUUAACCUGGUGCUUUAAUUCAUCUUUGCUGUUUCUCGCUAUCAUUUAUGAAGUGCUGUAGGUUUGUUGUUUGCCUAAUAAUAUUGUAGUGAACAAGAACAUGAGUGGGAACAAUCGAAUGCAUUUGACACGAAAAUACAGAGCAUCUCACUAAAAUCUGAAAACCAUAUAGUAAAUAUUUAAUUUGCAAAAUAUCAAUCCAUCGUUUCAAACUUGACUGUUCCUUUUGCAAAUAUCAGUCCAUUGUAUUAGAUUUCAUUGUUCAUGCAUUUUCAUACCAACUGCGUUCCGUUCCCGUUCUUUCCUUAUCGGUCUUCUACUGAAAUACAUUCUAUGCCUGAUCACCGUUAUAUACUACUUUUGUGGAUAAACCUAACCCACACCACAAUAUGAUCGAGUGAAUUUUCAGGAUAAUUAAAACAAAUUUUCACUGACAAUUUGAGUAAACAAAACACUGAGCCCAUAGAAUCUUUGGGGAAAACAAAUGAUCUAUGAUUGGGAAUAAUUUGCACUUAGAAAAACACAAUUUAUAUACGUUUUUAACUGGUCCAAGUUUAUGACAGAAAGGCAAUUUUUCCGCGGAAAAAUAAAUUCCACACCAAAAUUACUCUGAAUACACAGUAGUGUGAAUAAAAAUUUGUGUGAGGAACACCAUCUUAUCGCCCAAAAAGCUUAAAAUGUUAAUUUAUGGUUCGUUUCAUUUCCAAUACGUAAGCUCUUACGCUUUUAGCCAAAAUAUCCAACAAUAUAACUGAACUUUUCUACCUCUUUGUACUUCGGUCGAUCAUCCACUUCUAAUAAUACUACCUGAACCAUGGGUCUACAUAAAAAUUUCUUCACAUGAUGUUUAACGAAAACAAGACUGAUGCUUAAGAUUGAGAUGUUACGGUUGGUCGUUAGCAAAAGCCUAAGGUAAUUGGAAUAGUUGGAGGAAAUAUUAUUUGAUAAUUAGCUUUCUCAUGACACUGCAGCAGUUUCGCAAGACACUCAUAUUGAAGUUACAGUGGAUCUAUUCCUGACAUUUGUUUCCAGUAAAUACUACAUCAGAUAUGAAUUUGUUGUGCUCAUUUUACUGAUCUAUCACUGAUGCAUGGUUUCUAUUCAAUUUUAAAUAAAUUGAAUAUCGAUCAAGCUGUUUACUGAGUAACCGUACACUUCAUACUGGUACUAUAAACUUGCUUAAAAUGGUUGGUAAGAUUUAAGCAACUUUAGGAACCAUUGUGAGCCCAUUCCUAAAGGUAGAACAAUUGAAUACCCACUUAGAUCUAAUGUUGAUCAGUAUUACUGUCAAUUUCUUAUAUAUUUAGUUACAUAUUCCAUAUGUUAUGUCUAAAAAUCAAUUAAAUACCAAUAAACUUGUUAGGUAUAACAUAUUUGUUGAUUAGUUAACCUCGUUUUACUAACAUUACAAAUUAUAACUUCAAUUUCUCUUUCAAUAACCU